CUCCACCACCCAAGCCAAAUCGCCCACUCAACUCUCAAAAUGACUGGAGGCAAAUCCGGAGGCAAGGCCAGCGGCAGCAAGUCCAGCGCCCAAUCCCGUUCGUCCAAGGCCGGUCUUGCGUUCCCCGUCGGUCGUGUCCACCGUCUCCUCAGGAAGGGCAACUAUGCCCAGCGUGUCGGUGCUGGUGCUCCCGUCUACCUCGCCGCUGUCCUCGAGUACCUAGCGGCUGAGAUCCUCGAGUUGGCUGGCAACGCCGCCCGUGACAACAAGAAGACUCGCAUCAUCCCCCGUCAUCUCCAGCUCGCCAUCCGCAACGAUGAGGAAUUGAACAAGCUCCUUGGCCACGUCACCAUUGCCCAGGGCGGUGUCCUCCCCAACAUUCACCAGAACCUCCUCCCCAAGAAGACCACCAAGGGCAAGGGUCCCAGCCAGGAACUAUAGGUUCUCUUCUCUGGCGUGCUUUGGGGGUCUUUUCUUUGCUUUUUCAUAAUCGGGGUUUGGGUUGGUAACUAUGGGGGUCACGGCUUUAUCUGCACAGGGCUUGCAAAGGCUGUACAU